AUGCCGCAAGACAAGCGUCUUAUUGUAACAAAGGCGGUGGUUCACAAAAUACAGCGGCUGCAUGGGGCUGACACGGAGGCUGCCGCGGCGGAGGGCAUCUUCAUUGAGUUUGUCGUGCCUCCUGUUGUUGUUUCACAGUGCCCGGAUCUGCUCACUGAGCAUGUCUUCCAGCUGCCGAAUCGCACUUACCCCAGAAACGGCCGUACAACGUGCCUCAUCGUCCCGCGUGUUAUUUCCCGUGAUGCGUUUAAGAUUAAUAAGCGACAUGGGUACUACGACGCCGUUGUGACGGCUGAAGCCAUCUGCAAGAGGGACGCCGCGGAGGCCGUGCGUCGGGCAGCACUUGUUUCAAAGACGUUUUCUCAUUUUGUUGUGGAUGAAAGGAUUGUGUCCAAGUUGCCGCCAUGUAUUCUUGCCGCAGUCACUGCGUCCUUGCCGGCGACAGCGCGGGAAAGAGAUGUCGUCUCAUCCUCCGCACCAGGGCCAAUAACCCAAACGGAGAAGAAAGUUGGCGUGGGUAAACGAAAGGGAGCGAAAUUGGCAGAGCCUUUGACGACAACGACGACGACGCACGUACCGGCGUUGCCAAAGACGUCGCGCAAAUGCAUUACCCCCUUGCGUAACCUUGAAGACCGCACGAGUCUCACAUUUCGGCUUUCACAGGGUGUCUUGGGUGGCGUAGUGCGUGUAAAGAACAUGGGGCUGUUGACAUUUCGUGUUGGCCACGCUGGCAUGACGGCCGGGGAUGUGUGCGAGAAUGCGAAAUGCUUUAUUUUUGCCUUGAAAAGGGAAUUUCCGACGGUAUGGAAGUACAUUCACGAGUUCACGAUGACGUCGGGCGUGACGGAGCCUAUCCGCUUUAUGGAAGUGCACAUUCGGAAAUAA